ACUAAUGAAACAAGAUAGUUGUAAGACAAAUACGGGAUUUUCAAAUCGCUUGGACACAGAGAAUGCUAAUUUAGCAUUGAACCAGGGGCUGGGAAUUGGGGCUCAGUUGUCUUCGUGAUCGUUGAGGAUCGCAAUCGCAUGUGCUUAACUGCAGAGAUAAGUCAAUCUCAGUUAUCAAUGUUUAGAUGUCAUGGAUGGAUAGACAACGCAGAUUGUUGCAUAUAACACACUGGAAUUUAAUUUUUAUAAUCUCUGUCUGCUGAAGUCUGGAAAAAUAAUUUGUCCGGUAUUCUUUCUCGCCUUCGUGAUUAUACGAAUGAAGCCUGAUACGACUAGUUGUAGGGUGAGAUUGAAUUAUGUGGUCAGAAUAUUUUAAAAAGGAGAUGGUUUAGUCUCUGGCUGAUUAUGGCUAGCGGUGUCGAUAACCGUUGAAAGCAUCGGAGUGAGGUGAAGCAUAUCGCUUGCUUUAAGAUUGAAAAUUUAAACUUCUGAAACCUAUGUUAUUUUUAUAACGUUCUUGAAAACGAUCUUGUUGAUGUUCACAGCGACUGAACUCCAAUAUCUGUCCUUGCGUGGAUCAGUUUAUUACCACCUGGCGUGGAACCAGUCAAGUUCAGUUUUCGCUCAACUUUUUGCAGAUCGGGAUGGCGACGUUACGUGACCUUCAAUACGCGCUUCAGCAGAAGAUAGAAGAAUUAAGACAACGAGACGAUUUGAUUGACGAAUUAGAACUAGAACUUGACGAGAAAGAGGAAAUAAUUUGUCAUUUACAAAACGAAUUGGAUAAGUACCGUUCUGUGCUUAGGCCAGUUACUCGCCAAGUUAUCCAAAACCAACGAACUCGACAAAAACGUCUUGGUAUUUCAGCGGAGUCUGGCACAAGCAUUGAAGAAUUAGCCCUUGGCGGAACUUUGAAAUACCACCCUAAACAAAAAUCUGCUCAAGAAUGUAUAAAAGUUGCCAUUUUAGACAACGACUUUAUGAAGAAUCUGGAGAUGUCGCAGAUCCAAGAAAUUGUAGACUGCAUGUAUCCAGUUGAGUACAGCAAAGACAGUUACAUUAUAAAAGAGGGGGAUGUUGGAUCUUUGGUGUACGUCCUUGAAGACGGUAAAGUGGAGGUGACCAAAGAAGGUAAAUACCUCACCACUAUGACAAGGGGCAAAGUGUUUGGUGAACUGGCUAUCCUUUACAAUUGUACCAGGACUGCCACAGUCAAAGCAAUAACAACCACCAAGCUAUGGGCGAUUGAUCGUCCUUGUUUCCAGGCCAUAAUGAUGAAGACCAGUAUGGUACGACAAGCGGAGUAUGUGAGCCUGCUUAAGAGUAAUGUCGCUUUCCAGAGCUUCCCUGAAGAAUCAUUAACCAAAAUAGCAGACAUUUUAGAUGAGGUCUAUUUUAAAGAAGGAGAGUAUAUCAUACGACAGGGUGAAUUUGGUGAUACAAUGUAUAUUAUUAGUAAAGGAGAAUGUGAUGUCACAGGGCGUUUAUCUGCUCACUCAGAAGUUCAAUUCAUUAAAAAAAUUGGAAAGGGGGACAAUAUUGGUGGGGAAAGCUUUGAAAACAAAGAAGCUGUACGGAAAUACAAUGUGUUAGCUGGGAAGGGGGGAGCUACUUGUCUCGCAAUUGAUGGAGAAUCUUAUUACCAAUUAGCAACAACUUUUGAAUCUGUAAGAAACAGGAAAUCAGAUGAAGGAAUAAAGAAUGCGUAAGUAACACAUGAAUUAUUCUACAUAUUAAUGUGAAAGACUUUUUUUAUUGAUUUGUUUAUACAGU